AUGAAGACGCAGGACCAAAUCGAUAACCGGCCGGCACAGGCGUGUCAGGUCGACAUUCCAGAGCAACCAGAUCCUGCUGUUCAAGAAACCUCAUUUGCGGCCGAUGCCUGCGAUGCAUCCUCCGACCUUCAAGUUCUCGACCAUGAGCCAAUCCCAGACGAAGAAUGGCAUAUCCAGAAUGGGCAAUCAUCUGCUCUUGAGGCUCAAUCCAACCAGCAUCAUCAACAUGGCUCCUACACCUAUGGCUCCUUCACCCACACGUUGAGAACAGGUCAUGAUGGCCAUCACAAGUCAACCGCCCGCGCCCUUGCGCCCGACCUACUUCGAGGACUGUUGAUCGUCCUCAUGGCUCUGGACCACAACUCCAUGGCCCUACAAUCAUGGGAUCACGGAACUGCUCCUCACGGCGAGAACGACUCGGUCCCGGUCACCGAAUGGAAUCGCCCCAUUGCUCACAACAUCCGUGUGCUGACCCAUCUCUGCGCCCCGGGCUUCACCUUCCUUCUUGGCAUGGGCAUCGUCUACUUCGGUCGGUCCCGAACCAACCUAGGCUGGUCCACAACCCGGAUGGCCUGGCACUUCUUCACGAGAGCCUUCGUCUUGACCCUGGUCAUGAUCGCCAUCAGCCUGGGCAUCACCUUGGGAGAGACGUGGUUCCUCAACAUCGUCUUGUUUGCCUUGGCUGUUGACUACCUCCUCUCUGGCCUGAUCUGGCUUGUGACUGCCAAGAUGGAGAAGAUGCUCGCCUUCAUCAUCCUCAAGCUGCUCCCGGAGAAGAAGGAAGACUCAGCCACCGAGCCGCUCCUGGCUAACCGCCGGGGCGUCGAAGACAUUGCUCCCGACCGGGCCAUCAUCCGUGCCGCCGACAUCUCCUGGCACGUCCACAAUGUGGUUCUCUCCGCCCUCGCAGUUGUGACCAUCUGGUGGAACAUCAUGCUCAGCCCAACGAACGGCCACUGCGGCGCCGAACCCGUGCAAAAGCUCCCCGACACCAUCUGGGCUCGCAUCUGGUUUUACCGCGUCUUCGAAACCGAGUGGCGCAUCAUCUCCGUCUUUCCCCCCUUGGCCUGGAUCUCGUUCGCCAUCCUCGGUCUCGUAGCCGGCCGCAUCAUUCUCGCCCGCUCAUGGAGCACCAAGGCCAUUACGAUAGGCAACCUCCUCGCCGGCAUCGCCUUUUCCAUCAUCUUCAUCGGCACGCGCUUCCUCAACGCCGGAAAUCUCUCCGAAGGCUGUCUCCACAUGCCCGAGCACGCAAAGCCGGACAGCCCCGAAAACCAAUACCUGGCCUCCUGGCGCUCCUUCAUCUACCUGAUCAAGUACCCGCCCGACGUGGCCUUCUGGGCCUUCACCAUGGCAGGCAACCUCUUUCUCUUUGCCUUCUUCAGCGUCAUUCCUCCCCGCUUGGCUACCAUUGUCUUUGAUCCCCUUUUGGUGUUUGGUACCUCUGCGUUGUUUUUCUUUGUCGGCCAUUUGACGCUGCAGUUCGUGCUGGCUAGGCCCGCGAAGCACUUCUUUGGGCAUGUGCUGGCGCACCCGGAUCCGUGGAACCCCGGCCAGAACGCCGUGGGCGUGGAUAACCUGUGGGUGUUCUUUGGGUUUUGGUUGCUGGUUUUGGCGAUUCUGUAUCCGGCUUCAGCAGAAGGAGUCUGCACCGUACCCACCAAAGCCCUUCUCGCCGAAAGAAUCCUCCACCUCCCUCGCAGCAUCCGCCACCUCCUCAUCGAGAAGUACUACGCCACCCGGGGCAAGCAGAAGGUCCUGCCGACCCAGCCAACAACACCAGCCUCCUAG